GCCAAACACAGCGACAGGGCGUGCACCUGCCAGCCACUCUCGAAUUUGAGAAAGAAAAAACAGUGCUUAUCAAAAUUGCCCCACAUCGGAAGGAAAAGUAGCGGUGCAGCUUUUCCGCUUGGAUAAGGGGAAGCACAAUCAGCAAAAGUGGAGAGACAGGUGAAGACCUACCGAGCACCACCCGCGAAGUCUGUGUCGCGCUUUGUUUCAGUGAGCUCGUCGUGUUGCGUAUUUUAGAAAAAAGCAGGGCUGUAGCGAGGCGCGGCUCUCAGGGCCCUCCAACAGGCAGCGAUGGCUAAAAAGAGAAGCCUCGCGGGAAACUGCGCCUUGGCGGUUUUUGCCCUGACGUUCGUGUGCGUGUUCGUGGCCUUUUGCUCACCCAGUUGGAUCGUCAGCGACUACCGAAUUACAGGGGCGCGACUUGAGAGGUUCGGUCUGUGGGCCCACUGCUUCAGGUCGCUGCCUGACCCCACCGACGAGUACCAAAGACGCUUCUUCGUCGGCUGCAGGUGGAUUUACGACCCCUUCACCACCGGCUACGACAAGAUCAGGGGAUUCCUUCUUCCUCCUUUCAUAAUCGCGACGCAGUUUUUCUACACGGUGGCAUUUAUUUUAACACUCGUCGCAUUUGGCCUCUGCCUCUUGUAUGGGCUGUGUUGUGGACCUGACCAAUCAAGAUAUGUGAAACUGAUUGCAAUUAUUGGACUGGACCUUUUAGCAGCUGGCUUUAGUGCAGCGAUAGCAGUGGUGGUCUUUGCAAGUUUGGCAAACAGACAGGGCUGGAUGCCAGGUCAGCGCAACAACUUCUUCGGCUGGUCAUUCGCACUGGCCGUGGCCGGAGUUUUCGCUUCGAUCGUGGCCGGAACUUUGUUCCUGAUCGAGACGAGCAUCCAGAAGAGGAAGGCGCGCGACCUGAGGGACUCGCAGGCCAGGUUCAGCAUAGAGGAGACCAAGGCGUAGGAGAAGUGGCCAUGAUCCUGAAUUAGCGACUGAUUUCGGCAAACCUGCAGUGAAUACGCACAAUGUUAACGCACCCGUCCGACAAAUCUCCACUUUGGCUGGUUUCCAAUUCGCCAUUACGUUAUUCGUUUACGCAUUACGUUGUUCGUUUUGCCAAGGAAAUCGUAUAAGCCGUUUCCAAUUCACCAAAACGAUACACGUAAACGGAAUCCGAGUACAGCAAAACGUAUAAGCGGUUUCCGAUUCGCCAAAACGUACUCCGUAAACGUAUUAUGAGUGCCGACAGUGGUUUCCAAUUCGCCAAAACGGACUCCGUAAACGUAUUACGAGUGCCGACAGUGGUUUCCAAUUCUCCAAAACGUAGUACGUUUACGUGCAACUCAUUCCGAGCACCAAACGUGCUUCAUACGUGAUACGUACGUCGUUUUAAUAAAAGUGCAACUUUUUGUUUCCGCUUCUGAAUCAUUAUAAUUGGUGCUUGUAAUGAAUUCUUAAUUAUCUCAUCCAUUUGAGUAUAAAGUCCCUCAAUUAGAGUUAAUUUUCCACCAAUUAAGUUAAUUCGGUUAUGGGGGUGAGCGGGGAUGAGUUGAAGGAAAUUAGUUUUAUGUCAAGUGCGUAACAUGAUUAUAGGCUAAAAUUUUGUGAGGAAAUCAAUGGUGUAUUUGAUUUUAAUGAAAAAUGUUAAUUUCAACCCUUAAUUAGCAAUUAACUCAAAUAAAAACAAAUUGAAGUGCAAUACAUGACAUUAGGGUAAAAUUUGAAGCCCAAGCGAUUGCCAGCAUCAAUUUUGCGCUAUCAAUUUAAUUUCAUCCCCUAAAUUGAAAAAUAAUGAUGUUCACACAAAUUUUAGAGCGAGACAUGUUUAAAUGGUAAAAUUUGACGCCAAAUCGUUUGCCAGAAGUUAUUUUGCUCUAGAAAAAUAAUUUCAACCCCUAAUUUGAAAUUUCACGAAAUUAACAACAAUUUCAGAGCGAGAUAUGUUUAAGUGGUAAAAUUUGACGCCAGAUCGUUUACCAGAAGUUAUUUUGCUCUAGAAAAAUAAUUUCAACCCCUAAUUUGAAAUUUCACGAAAUUAACAACAAUUUAAGAGCGAGAUAUGUUUAACUGGUAAAAUUUGACGCCAGAUCGUUUGCCAGAAGUUAUUUUGCUCUAAAAAUUUAAUUUCAACCCCUAAUUUGAAAUUAAUCAAAAUUAACAACAAUUUCUGAGCGAGAUAUGUUUAAGUGGUAAAAUUUGACGCCAUAUCGUUCGCGAGAAGGUAUUUUGCUCUAAAAAAUAAUUUCAACCCCUAAUUCGUAAUUUUAUGGAAUUAACAACAAUUUAAGAGCGACAGUUGCUUUAUGUAUGUAAUUUUAAUGCUAGAUCGAUUUUCAAAUGUUAUUUUGCACUUAAUUUGCUUAAUUUUAGUUUCAACCCCUGAUUUCCUUAUUUAUUAACUAUUGUUUAAUUUUUUUUUUUAGUUAAGUAUGGCAAUCAAUGUGGCCAUAAAUUCGCUAAAUUCAACUCAUAUCAACAAGUCUCGCUCUUAAGUUGUUGUUAAUUUCAUAUAAUUUCAAAUUAGGGGUUGAAAUUAUUUUUCUAGAGCAAAAUAACUUCUGGUAAACGAUUUGGCGUCAAAUUUUACCACUUAAACAUAUCUCGCUCUGAAAUUGUUGUUAAUUUCGUGAAAUUUUAAAAUUAGGGGUUGAAAUUAUUUUUCUAGAGCAAAAUAACUUCUGGCAAACGAUUUGGCGUCAAAUUUUACCAUUUAAACAUGUCUCGCUCUAAAAUUUGUGUGAACAUCAUUAUUUUUCAAUUUAGGGGAUGAAAUUAAAUUGAUAGCGCAAAAUUGAUGCUGGCAAUCGCUUGGGCUUCAAAUUUUACCCUAAAGUCAUGUAUUGCACUUCAAUUUGUUUUUAUUUGAGUUAAUUGCUAAUUAAGGGUUGAAAUUAACAUUUUUCAUUAAAAUCAAAUACACCAUUGAUUUCCUCACAAAAUUUUAGCCUAUAAUCAUGUUACGCACUUGACAUAAAACUAAUUUCCUUCAACUCAUCCCCGCUCACCCCCAUAACCGAAUUAACUUAAUUGGUGGAAAAUUAACUCUAAUUGAGGGACUUUAUACUCAAAUGGAUGAGAUAAUUAAGAAUUCAUUACAAGCACCAAUUAUAAUGAUUCAGAAGCGGAAACAAAAAGUUGCACUUUUAUUAAAACGACGUACGUAUCACGUAUGAAGCACGUUUGGUGCUCGGAAUGAGUUGCACGUAAACGUACUACGUUUUGGAGAAUUGGAAACCACUGUCGGCACUCGUAAUACGUUUACGGAGUCCGUUUUGGCGAAUUGGAAACCACUGUCGGCACUCAUAAUACGUUUACGGAGUACGUUUUGGCGAAUCGGAAACCGCUUAUACGUUUUGCUGUACUCGGAUUCCGUUUACGUGUAUCGUUUUGGUGAAUUGGAAACGGCUUAUACGAUUUCCUUGGCAAAACGAACAACGUAAUGCGUAAACGAAUAACGUAAUGGCGAAUUGGAAACCAGCCUUUGUCCUCAACCGAUCUUCAAAAGUAGAAAUAAGCUCUGUAUUAAAGAGAAUGGAAACUUUCAGAAGAGCAAAUUUUCAUUGUGGUUGAUAUUUUAAUUUUCUUUGUGGGUCAAGUCUAACGUUUUUUUUUUUUACAUCAAUAAUUUUAAUUUUUGGUCAAAAAUUUACUUAAAAC